CGUUCAGCCAACGCAGUGCUGAAACCACCGGAAGUGAAUCCGCGUCUAGCGCGUUCGCAUCUCGCGCACCUCCAGGCUCCAGCUAUUUCCACGGACGCUACGGAGCAUCGCAUCCAAGAGUAUGUCGACUUCACGUUCUGGCACCUAGUCGUCUCGCGUAUUACGAAUCUACCAUCUGCUCCUUAUCCAGAGACGAGCUGGUCGGUUCUGCCUUUAUUCUCAGGCGGCAGAAUUGGUCUCUGUUCUGCUCGAUUCGAUCCGGUUCAAGUCGGUCUUCAAGGCUCGUCGCGUCAUGGAGGUGGAUUGCGGGAGUCUGACAGGGGCCGUAUCAACCGGGACAACCAUCAUGGGAGUGGCCUAUGACGGGGGCAUCGUGCUAGGAGCAGAUACUCGGGUUACCACAGGGACGUACAUCAGCAACAGAGCCUCGGAGAAGAUCACCGCACUCACGGACUUUGCCUACCUCUGCCGCUCGGGAUCUGCCGCCGACACGCAGACUGUCUCUACAUAUGCGCGAUACUACCUCACGCAACACCAGAUGGAGCUGGGCAAGCCCACGGAUGUGAAGACGGUGGCCAAUGUGGUGAAGCAGAUCAGCUACCACAACAAGAACAUGCUGUCGGCGGGCAUGAUAGUGGGCGGGUGGGACCAGUACGACGGGGCGUCCGUGUACGCGCUCCCCCAGGGCGGCACGCUGCUCAGGGCGCCCUUCGCCAUCGGGGGGUCGGGCUCCUCAUACCUCUUUGCCUUCUGCGACGCACACUUCAGAGAGGGCAUGAGCAAAGAGGAGGCUGAGGCGUUUGUGGUGAAGGCAGUAUCGCUGGCUAUGGCUCGCGAUGGGGCGAGUGGAGGAUGCGUGCGCACAGUAACGAUUGACAAGGACGGCGCCACCAAGAAGUUCCAUCCGGGUGACAAGCUCGAGCUGUUCUGGGACGAAAUCCCCGCUCAGGAGUCCUUUCUCAAGCCGCUCGUGCAGGCGUCGUAGUGCUGGGUGCAUGUAGAUACGUUGUGCAUCUAAAUUUGGUGCGGCAGUACAGUAUCUCUCCUCUAGUGUCGCUUGAUUGUAUGAUCAUGUCGCUGAUGUUAAGCUUGAAGCCUUGAACACAAAAUGCUGGAGCUUACAUGUGGAGCUUACAGUAUUCCCCAUGCACCAGAGUGUAGCU